AUGGAGAACGGCGACGAAACCCUCGUCUCCCCCACCGCUGAGGCCGAGAAGGCUGCGCCCAACGGAGGCGUCGCGGGCGAGGAGGUCACCCUCGCCGACGCCGUCCACCCCGCCAAGUCCUACGCCGCCGUCGCCGCCAACGCCGAGAUCGAGGACCUCCGCGCCGAGGUCGAGCGCCUCCAGGCCCUCCUCGACCGCAAGAAGGCCGACCGUGAGGCGGACGAGCGCCAACGCCAGGAGCUCACGGCCGAGGUGGAGACCGUUCGUCAGGCGAAGCUCAAUCUCGAGAAGGAGGUCGACGCCCUGAAGGCUUCCGCCGCUGCUACCACCGUGGAGGACAGGGAGGCUGCUCCGGACGCUGGGGCCCCGAAGGAAGAGGGAGUCGCCUGGCAGGGGAUGGCAGCGGGGGCGGCCGCUGGUGCUGCCAUCACAGCUGCCGUCGUUCUGAUCUACCUCCGCCUCAAGAGGUAA